GGUUCCCCAAUCUAGGAAUUCUUCAUGUCACAAAGAAAAAAGUGAUUGAGAUACUGGAAACACGUAUGAUUGACGCUUUUAAGAAGGGAUACAACGCUGGUCUUUUGGUUCAUCCUGAGUUAAACUACCAGUAUUCGGGGGAUAGGCCACUGACUGAGCGAGAAAAAGAGAUUAUUCGUCAAGCAGCUUAUCAGCAAUCGAAAGACAUAGACCUGAGUGUGGUACGACUCAUGUUCACUGCUUUCCUACCUGAUAGCAAUGGAAGCUUCACAAGAAGACUGGAACCUGUUGUAUCAGUCCCUAUCUAUGAUAGCAAAGCUCCAAAUGCUUCUAAUUUGAAAAUUGUGAGAAUGGACAGGACCUCUGGCUGUGUGACGGGAGGUGAAGAGAUUUAUCUUCUAUGUGACAAAGUUCAAAAGGAUGACAUUCAAAUACGUUUUUAUGAAGAAGAUGAGAAUGGCCAUAUUUGGGAAGGUUUUGGAGACUUUUCACCCACAGAUGUUCACAGGCAGUUUGCCAUUGUAUUUAAAACUCCUAAAUACAGGGAUCCCAAUAUUGUAAAACCAGUUUCUGUGUUUGUUCAACUUCGGAGAAAAUCGGAUUUUGAGACCAGUGAGCCCAAACCAUUUCUGUAUUAUCCAGAAAUUAAAGACAAAGAAGAAGUUCUUCGAAAGCGUCUAAAACUUAUGCCCAACUUUUCUGAUGGGUUUGGUGGAAGUGGAGCAGGAUCUGGAGGAAGCGGCAGUGGUGGAGGAGGUGGUGGCAGCAUGUACGGUGGUGCAGGAGCAUCCGGAUCUGGUGGUGGUUAUAAUUAUUCCACAUUCAACUACACCAAUAAUUAUGGAGGACUAAAUUUUCAUGUCGGCACAAUGAACUCCAACACAGUAUUACAGCCCCAGUGCGAAGGAGUCCAGGAAGAGACUGAAGCCAUGUGUUCCCUGCAUAAACAGAAAUGCCUGGAGGCUUUGUUCACAGAAGGUGACAAAGAAACAGAACUUACAAGAGAAGAAAUUUGCAAAGUUUCAAGUUGUCUCUUCAUGCAGAAGGCCAUGCACAUUGCUAAGAACCAUGCUGCUUCCCUUUUUGACUAUGCUGUGUCAGGAGAUGUAAGAAUGUUACUGGCAGUACAGCGCCACCUAGCAGCAGCUCAGGAUGAAAAUGGGGAUAAUGUCCUUCAUCUUUCUGUUAUUCACCUUCAUGUUGCACUGGUUAAGAUCUUUCUGGAAAUAACAUCUGGAGUCAUAUGUGAAGAUAUCAUCAAUGUGCGAAAUGAUCUUUAUCAGACUCCUUUGCAUUUGGCUGUCAUCACUUGUCAAUCUGAUGUUGUUGAAGAUAUUCUGAAAGCAGGAGGAGAUCCAUUAAUGUUAGAUCGUAAUGGGAAUUCUGUCCUGCACCUUGCAUGUAAGGAAGGAGAUGCAACCACUCUUAGCAUUCUUCUUAAACACCCAAAAUUAACUGAGAUUAUCAAUCUUCCCAACAAUGAUGGCUUAAGUGCAGUCCACAUAGCAGUAAUUGCAAACAGUAUGGGCUGCCUUCGACAGUUAAUAUUAGCAAGGGCAGAUGUGGAUGCCCAGGAGCAGAAGUCAGGGAGAACCCCUUUGCAUUUUGCUGUUGAACAAGACAACAUUUCUCUGGCAGGCUGUCUGCUUCUUGAGGGAGAUUCAUGUGUAGAUAGUACAACGUAUGAUGGGAGCACCCCUCUUCAUAUAGCGGCUGGCAGAGGUUCUACAAAACUCACAGCUCUCUUGAAAGCAGCAGGUGCGGACUCAUUCAUUGAAAACUGUGAACCACUGUACAACCCUGAGGAUGUGGAUGAGAAUGAUAUAGAUGAAGGCAUUGUUCCUGGAACAAAACCAACAGACAUGGCAAUCAAUGAUGAGGUGCUGGAAAUACUGAAUGGAAAGCCAUACACAACAGCAUUUUCAUUGGAUUGCCCACAAGGAGACAUGAAAGACCUGAGUGAGGAGACAAAACAGACGCUGUAUACAUUGUUACAAAGUGAAGACACAGAGAAGAACUGGUCCACUUUGGCACAAAAGCUUGGCCUGGGAAUACUGAACAAUGCUUUCAGGUUAAGUCCUCAGCCUUCCAAAACCUUACUGGACAAUUUUGAGGUAAGCAACAUUUUACACGGUGACCUUUUUUUUCCACAUUGA